ACGAUGAAUGAAUGCACGUAUGAAAUAGAUGGUUAUUGUUGGCUAUCUGGACUGAAUCAAUCACGUUUCUACUUCUCGUAUUCUUAUCCAGAGGGGAAUAUAGGUUAACAACGUCGCGUGCACAAUCUUGUACAUUAUAUAUUUUAUCCAUUAUGUUUUUAUCUUUACUAUUACCAAAGUUCAAGUGCACUCUUCACAGAAAUAUGGUGGUACGAAUAAACGCGAGGCCAGGGUGUGGGGUCGGGCUUAGUAGGACGACCUGUUCUGAUUGGUUAGUUUUUUGUCACCGUUUACCAUCUGAUUCCAAAGGUUCUCGUACUUUGACCUAUGAAGGAUUCAUGUUAUUGAUGGGCACUCGGCGUAGUUUAAACGAAUCGGCUCGUGUGUUAAUGAAAAAGAGUCGGCUCAUUUGGCUCCAAAACGGCUGUUCGUGCAAAAUGCGUAAAGAAAGGGGCGAAUCUUUAAUAUAAAGCCAAAAACAUUGGCUGCAAUAUGUUGGAGCGUGAAAAACACCUUCAAAUAAAUUCCAUAUUACUUGUAAUUAUUAGGCGGCUUGCUGUUUUCUUCACCCCGUUACCCUAUUGUAAUAUGCUUGUGGAACCUAAUCAUCCACACUUCCUCUGUACAUUGUCUCUGUGACUGACUUACAUGGAAUAUGAAUCUAUGUAUGAAUAUAUAUGAAUCAAAUAAUUGUUUAACUAAUCUGCAAAUAAUCAUAGGUUUUGAUGGAAAAGUAGGUAAAACAUGGAGCUUAGUGAACGGCUCAUUUCACCAAUGAGAUUCACUUCCCAACGUUCACCAAGAAGAGCCUUUGUUUCAGAAACGGCACCUCACUAUAAUUCAGCUCUUUAUCAGUCGACCAUCGUAGUCUGCUGUUGCAAAAACAAAAUAUGUCACGUUGGAAUGAUAUGCCGAUAGAUGAACUUGAGCGUCAGUAUUCGCCCAGCCACUGGUCGCGCAGAAUGUCGGCAGACGACGUUAUUAAAGCCCACGUGACGGCCCUCAAAGAAGGUACAGAGCGUGCCCGUGGCCUGGCCCAGACCCUGCUGAACGUUCCCUAUGGAGACGGAGAGGGCGAGAAACUAGAUGUGUACCUUCCCACCACCACUUCUCUAGAUGUUCCCCUAGUUAUCUAUCUCCAUGGAGGCUACUGGCAGUUCCUCAGUAAGGAAGAGUCAGGCUUCAUGGCCGUCCCAUUGGUCCAUAAGGGCGUUGUGGUGGUUUCCGUGGGCUACGACAUCGCUCCCAAAGGCAACAUGGAUCUGAUGGUGUCUCAGGUGCGGAGGAGUGUGGCGUCCAUCGUUCAGCAGUAUUCCCACAUCAGUGGCCUGUACCUGUGUGGUCAUUCUGCUGGUGCCCACCUAGCUGCCAUGGUGCUUUCUACAGACUGGUCCCAGUACGAUGUCACGCCGCAGAUCAAAGGUGCAUUCCUGGUCAGUGGAAUAUAUGACCUCCAGCCCAUCCUGUCUACCUAUGUUAACGAGCCUUUGAAGAUGACCCAGGAGGUGGCGCUGAGGAACAGCCCUAGUCAGCUGGUGCCGCAGCUCAAACACUCCUCCUCCAGCUGUGACAUUGUGGUUGCCGUGGCGCAGGAUGACUCGCCGGAGUUCCGGAAGCAGUCAGAGGACUAUUACAAAGCCCUAAAGUCAGCGGGAGGGUUGAGGGUAACCCUGGAAGACGUUCCGAACACGGAUCACUUCAAUAUCAUCGAGCAGCUAGUUGAUGAAGACUACCACCUCACUCGGCUGCUGUUAAAGGCAAUGGGGAAGAGCUGAAAACACACCGGGACCCCGGACAGUCAUUUAUCAUCCCACUCACCUGUUACUGUUGCCGAGCACUGAUUGGCUAAACACGGCGGUUGGGUAACAGUGUCAGAAGUUUCCCUUUGGUUCAGAUCUAGGAUCAGUUUCCACUUCCCCAGACGUAACCGCAACCAUUAGUGGGGGGGGAGACAAUAAACUUGCCCCAGAUCAGUAUAAAAGGGCAGCUUCAUCCAUAUAUAUAUAUUAGGGACCUGAUGUAUAUCCUGAUCAUGUGACCUGAUUAGGAAGAACAACAGGUGAAUUACACAAUUUUCUCAACAUAUUAGGAGAUAUAUUUCAAGCAACAACUACAUGAAAUAAUAAAUGCCUGGAACUUUCUGAAAAUUCUCUGUUUCUACUGCAAUCCCAGGUAGGAGGACUUCCAGGAUAAGCAGGAAAUCCUGAAACAUACAACCAGGAUGUCUUGGGAAACCAAGCAAGUGUGCAAGCCUGAGAUCUACUGUACUCUAGUUUGAGACCUGAACCAAGUCAGCAUGUUUUCCUCUUUGAAUGGGAGGAAAUCAUGGGCACACACACACACACAUAAACACACACACGCCUAACCCCCCCACUGUCCCUACCUUGGACCCUGUUCAACAGCAGCGCUCUACAAGAUAAAGGCAUAGCUCCUUGCUUACUUAACCAAUCCUGAUAUGUAUCUCCAUGAAUGAGACACAGUUGGAUAAAUGUGUGUCUCGUCCCAAACGGCCCCCUAUGUGGUUCACUUGGUUUGACCAUGAAGGGCCCGAGGGAGCCAUCUGAGGACAGGGACUAAGGCCCCGAGAAUGAAAGAGCAACACUGUUACACAGUGAGAAAGCUAGCUAAUCACUUCACCGGUUAAUGUAUCACUAUGCAGAAACACUGAUGUUGUCGCCGCAGUCACUCCAUUUCACGGCUGGUUUUAGUGGCACACACCGGGACGCCGGGACGGUCAUGGUGGUGUUUUCUUUCUGUCCCAAUAUUGUUACAUUCAUCACUUCCUGUGUUUGUUUGUAAACAUUUCUGAACCAAAUACAUGGAAUCCACCCAUUACAGCAUAACUGAUUUGAAUGGCAAUGCCUCUUCUCUAAUUCAGUGUCUGUGCCGUUCGAAAUUUCUUUGGUUGUCCAACAUCAUUUUGGUUGAGAUCAUGUUCACCUGUUUGUUUCUAUGGUUUAUGGUCAGGCUACAUUUCAUGCUCUCUUUCUGGAGCUGACAACUCAGUUUGCAGGUAUGACUGAGCUUACUAGGUCAGCUGUCUGUUUAAAAUAAAAUAAAAGCCCUCUGGUUUAUAAUGGGGAAUAUAAUUCUAAUCAAAAUAUACUAACUGGUUCAUUUCUAGGUGUGUUACACAUAAGGAAUGAGAACAUUAAAGAAAAUAACCAACACAUUGGUCAACUGAAAUAGUGAACUAUUUGAGGGGUACUGGGAAUGUUGCGCUUUUUAAUUAAACUGCCCUAAUAUGAUCACCUAAAUUAUUGGGUGGUGCUUCUUGGUCUAGUUGUCUAAAUUAUUGUGUUAUUAUAUACACUAUAUGUACUUGAUCUAAUUGUUGUGGGAAAAUGGAAAUGAUGACAUAAAAAAUUCUGUCAAA